CUGAAAGGGGAACCGAAAGGGGCGCGCCGGGCGGAAGAGACGCCGCGCAGCCUUCUCAUGGGGGGGCCCCUGGGCGCCCUGCUGGCCGCCUGGCUUCUCCUGGCCGCGGGGAGCGGGGGCGCCAAGGACAACAUCCUGCUCGUCCUGACCGAUGACCAGGACCGAGAGAUGGGCGGCAUGGUAAGGGCCGGGCGGGGUCCGCCUCUCCGCGUUCCUCCCAAGCACAGCAGUGGCAGGGGGGACCCGAAAUGCACGCGCGGCUCCGGGCUGCUCAGCUGGGGGGGGGCGGCCUAGCGGAGUGCGUGGAGGGCAAGGCGGCUUCAGUGGAUCAGGGGGCCUGGCUGUUAACCAGAAGGGUGCUGGUUCGAGGCCACCCAGGGACAGUUGAGGGCAGGAGUCCCGCAUUGCGGGGGGGGGGUGGACUAGAUGACCCUCGGGUCCCUUCCAGCUCCAUGAUUCUCCGAGGCCUCAAAGCACACCUGAGCCACAAACCGGUAUACAUUAAAGGAAUGUAUAUACCCGAUAGUAUAAAGGCUUUCUAGUCUAAAGGUAGGUAGGUAGGUAGGUGGGGUUUUUUACUGUUCUGCUGUGAAGGGAUCAAUUGCCAAAGUCUAAGCCAGCCAGGGCUAUUUGGCUGCAAACCCAUAUAUAGAACAGGCCCCAUUUAUUUCAGGGGGGCUUUGUUGCAUCCAGGUGUACAUUGGACUGCCAUCCCUGUGCAUGCUUUACUUCGAAGUAAGUUCCUCUGAGCUGAGUUUAAGCCCAAGUGACAGCACAGGAUUUCCACACAGCCUUCCUUCUUGUUGGUCUGUAAGGACAAAAGGGUCCUGAUCCAAGGGUCCUGUUUGCUGAGAGGGACAGACAUGUGCAGCAGCCCUUCCAGCUUCUUUCCUUGUGUCAGCAACCCUCAGUGGUACUUCCUGGUGAAGAAGCAGGGAAUUGUGGGACUUGGGCACUGGGGUUCCAAACAUGAUACCUGAGGCUGUGGCAGCCCUUUUGGGACCAGUUCUGAUAAGCAUGGCACACGGCGAUGUUCACUUGUUCUACACUUCAGUCCCAGCCCUUUGCUACCUGAAGGAAGGAGCAAGAUGGCACCCCUCAUAUGGCUCCACAUAUGGGCAUCAAGAGGACGGGGGUGAAGUCAGACCGCUGGAGAGCGGCAGCUGCUGCUGGGGCUGCAGGGACUGCUGUGGGAGGGACAUGUCCUGUUGCAUCUGGGGCAGAUGCGGGCGCCCGGUUGUGCUGGGGCAGAUGCACCAUGAUGUCUCGUUCCUCCUCUGGUCACUGCGGUGGGUGGAUGUUCAGUCUCUGAUAUCUCCAGGCAGGCGCUUUGUGUGAGAACCGGGAAGACCACUGCUCUGCGUCAAGAUAAGGCCCUUACUUUGUUAACUGACUCCAGAAACUGUGCCUUGCUGGUCCUGGCCUUGGAGAGCACCAUUAUCCUGUCUGGUGACAUGCAGGAAGCCAGUCAUGUGACAAAGUCCCACGUGAAUGCCGGUGGUUCUCUAUGCUUCCAGAUCAUGUUUGGUUGCUGGAAUGAGAGCAGGGUUCAGUUUGCCUUGUCUUCAAGUAGUGUGGAGUCUGAGCAAGUGAAAAUCUGAAACCACCACACAUUGUAACAUUUACCUGGAACUGAAGUGUAGAACAAGUGACCAUCGCCGUGUGCCAUGCUUAUCAGAACUGGUCCCAAAAGGGCUGCCACAGCCUCAGGUAUCAUUUCUCUGUGGAGGUUCCCUAGCCAGAAUUGUUGCUUCCCAUCGUACAUUCUGGCUUCUUCUCCCACAUGCAUCUUCGAGAUGCAGAAACAAGCCCACGCAACAUGCUGCCCACUUGAUGGCACCCUCAUGUGCAGAAUGGGGGUUGGACCCAUAAAAGCUGAGCUUCCUUCCAGAGGUUGCGCUUUCUGACACCCCGUUCGGUACUUCAGUUUAUAGUUCUCCUUAAAAUGAAUUACACAAAUGGUGUAACAAAUGUAAUUAAUAUGUCUGAUGGCUUUUGUGUGUGACAAAUAUUUCCAUGGAUUUAGAGCAGGAAAUUAAGUAUCCAUCUUGCAAACCUCAGGUUACCACUAACUUCUUGAACAGUUUCCCUUCAUGUUUGAAAGAAAUUAAAUAAUUCUGGGCAGCUGUAGCAGGCAGGUAGCAUCCCCACAGCAACGCUGAGGCCAGUCCCCUCGGAAAGCUUGAACACGGAUACAAUGACAGGUGCUGUGAUAACACCUGUGUAGCUAACAUAACAUGUUGCUUAGCCUUGAGAAAUGGUUCACAAAGGAGACCUGUGGGGUCUGGGGCUGAUGGGAGUUGUAGUCCAACAACAUCUGGAGGGCGCCAGGUUGGUGAAGGCUGAUGUAAGGGAAGGCACGUUUAUGACAUAUCUCCAUCUGGCUCAUUUUCUUUCACUCGCUCUUACUCUCUUCUCGUAAAAUAAAAAAUGUUAAAAGUGGCGGAGGUCUUGACCUCUUGGUUCAAGACCUGUAUUUUCGGCUACCAUUAUGCUACAAUGGACAAAGCAUGCCAUUUUGCCUUUAUUGAUGAGGUGCAAAGGUAUUUUAGGGAGUGGAUGUGUGUAUUGAGCCAGACUCAAAGGGUUGCUUUGAAGAUUAAAUUGCAGAAAAAGAAAAUUACCCCCAAACACUCAUAUGAACAUUUUGUGGCAGGUGUUCCUGAAAAUGAUUGUAGGCUGCAGAAUGUGGAAAGGAGAAGGCCAUUCUGCCCUCAUCCCAACCAUCUUCUGUAUCAGGGUUUCGGGGAACCUGUAGCCUUUUGUUUGAUUCCAACUCCUGUCCCUUGCAGCCAGCAUGACCAGCGGCAGCGAUGAGGAACAUGAGAGUUUGUUGGUUAGGUGAUCAGCUGUGUGUUCGCAGGCUUAUUUUCAGGCCUGUGGCCCAGAUGUGACUGUUUUGUUCUAUCUUUCAGACCCCCAUGAAGAAGACAACAUCCCUGAUCGGUCAGUUAGGUGCCACUUUUGCCAAUGCAGUAAGUAUCUGGACAAUGCCACUGAGAAUUGCUCUGGGAAGUUUAAACUGAUUGUAAUCCUAGAUGCAUUGGGAAUAGGAAACAGCCCUGAAGCAGAGAGGGAGUGGUUUCCUCUUUCUCCCCUCUCCAUUCUGUUUUUUAUUAUAUAUAAACUGCUAGCUUGUGUCCACUUCAGGUUUUUUCCUAAGCUAAAACACCCCAGCUGCUAGACUGGGAACUGGGAACAGCUGCUGGAACCGCAUAACACCAGUCCAGAAAGAUUGACUCCCAGUACAUUUCUGAGCACAAUUCAAAGUGCUGGUGCUGACCUUUAAAUGGCCUUGGCCCUGUAGACCUGAAGGCAUGCCACAUGGGUGGGGCACGAUAAAUAAAUUAUUAAUAUUAAUAUUAAGCCUUUCUUGGUAGAGAGCGGCUGCAAACGACCCCUGCCUGGAUGCUGGUGGCGCCCCUGCUGAGUUUGGGGAGAUGCUUGGGACAGUACCCAGAUUGGGGAGGGAGGGAUGCUAAUUUGUAGGGCAGAGGCUGACCUCCUGAAUGGACAUGUCGCCCUCCAGUUUGCAGUCACUCCUCUGUGCUGUCCGAGCCGCAGCAGCAUCCUGACCGGCAGAUACCCUCACAACCACCUGGUGAGGAACAAUUCCUUGGAGGGCAACUGCAGCAGCCCAGCCUGGCAGAAGUUUCAGGAGCCAUUCACCUUCCCGGUUUACCUACAGAGGCAGGGCUACCAGACCUUCUAUGCUGGCAAAUAUCUCAACCAGGUAAAGUCCUCUGCAGACAAAUGCCACCGAUGCCCAAAUAUUAUACGCAGAUGAUGGGCGUUCUGUGGGCAUCCGCAUCACCUCUCCUUGCCUUUAAAAGCCGUGUGCAUGCCUGUUGCGUCUGACUUGGCGACUCUCCUCUAUUACAGUAUGGGGACCCCAAAGCAGGAGGCAUUCAAUAUAUGCCACCAGGCUGGAGCUACUGGUUAGGUCUGGUGAGUAGGUGCCCUUCUCUCUCUCUCUCUCUCUCUCUCUCCUAAGUUCACAGCAGGCAAGGUGACCCAGUGAGAUCCAUGGGGCAGAGUGCUGGACUUUGAUGUGCAGCAUGCAGAUUCACACCUGUGCUCAGAACUGAAGUUUGCCAGGUGGCCUUUGCUCAGAGACAAUAAGCUGCUGAAUCUACAUUCUUGUAGAUCUUAGAGGUAUCUCAUACAACCAUAGAGUUGGAAGGGACCCUGAGGAUCAUCUAGUCCAGGGGUCAGCAAACUUUUUCAGGAGGAGGCUGGUCCACUAUCCCUCAGACCUUGUAGGGGGCCAGACUAUAUUUGAAGGGGGAAAAAAGAACGAAUUCCUUUUCCCCACAAAUAACCCAGAGAUGCAUUUUAAUUAAAAGGACACAGUCUACUCAUGUAAAAACACGCUGAUUCCCAGACCAUCUGCGGGCCAGAUUUAGAAGGCGAUUGGGCUGGAUCCGGCCCCCAGGUCUUAGUUUGCCAGCCAUGAUCUAGUCCAACCUUCAAUGCAGGAAUACGCAGCUCUCUCUCCCUUACGGGGAUCAAACCUGUAACCUUGGCGUUGUCAGCACCACGCUCAAACCAACAGAGCUAUCCAGCCAUUCUCUCAGAGUUCUUGCAGCAGAGCAGUGGCCUUGCAUGCAAAAGGUCCCUGGGUUCAAUCCUUGGUGCCUCCAGGUAGGAUUGGCAGAGAACCCUGCCUGAAAUCCUUGAGAUUUGCUGGAGACCAAGGUUUCAUGUCGUUGGUCAGGACACACCAGGGGAGCCUCAUUCCCACAGCCCUGCCCCCUAGCCAGGCCAUAGCCUUUUGGGUGGACCAAUGCCAGCACAUCGGUGCGUGGUGAGUAAAAGUGACCAGGAGAAAGGGAAGGUCAAGGUGGCGGAGGGGGGAAAGAGGUCCCCCUCCUCUGAGGGGAAUGGGAGUGGGAGGGAAAGGAGUAAUAUUUAUUAAUAACAAAUAAACUGGGGUUCUUCCUGUGUUCCUAGUGAAUAGGAGAAAGAAGAAGCAGACAAAGCUAGAUUAGUAUUGCAAUACUGUGAGACUAUGGGAACAGAGUGAGCAGCUAUAAAAAUGCAGAUUUGGAAGUUAGGAUCAUCAGUAGCUCCUCAGACAAUUGCUGUGUCUCCCACGGUGAUGACAGUUCUCCAGGGUGUCUCAGGCAGAGAGGCCUUCUCCAUCAUCUGCUGCAUUGUCUUUUAACUGGAGAUGCCAGGGGUGAAGCAGGGACUGUCAGCCUGCAAAACAUGGGCUCUGCCGUCCUUUGUUUGGAGGGGGGUUUCCUUUGGGUUUUUCCCCCUAGGCACCAAAAUAUCCUAGGCUGGCUUCCAUCUGUAAUACUGUUCCUCCUUAUUGUGGGGUGGCCCAGUGCCAAGAUCCUGGUGUUCAGAACAGUUUCCAGAGCUGACUCUUUGGUGACUCAAUUCAUCAUCACUUUGUGCCUCUUUCCAUAGGUGGGGAAUUCCAAGUACUAUAACUACACUCUUUCAGCCAAUGGACAUGAGGAGAAGCACGGGGAGCACUAUGAAGAAGACUAUCUCACGGACAUCAUUGUGAGUUGUCCCUCCAUGUCACCUUCGUUUCUGGCUUCCCAGAUCCCCCUGCGAUCAAGAAGCUAGACCACUGGAAGGGCAGCCCAAUUCGACAGUCAGAAUGCUUUUUUUCGGUGUCAUCAAUUAGUCUAAAAAACAGUCGUAUUGCAUUGGCUCACUUAUGUCUGUCAAGGAAAGAACUAAAGUGAGAAAGAGAACAUUGAAGCUGGAAGACGGCCUGCCAAGUCUCUGACGUUCAUCUCUUUCCUCCAGAAACUCUCCCUUCGUGGAAAGGAUCUGUAGUCCUCCCUGCCUGCCUCUUUUUCUCCCACUUCUCCACUCUUGGCUUUCAGGAGAAGAGCUUUUCCAAGCAAACAAGAGGCCUCCACCUCUGCCUCUGCUUCUCUGUUGCAGCAGCCAGACACCCAAGUCAGUGACUCAGUUGAUGUCUGUAAUAGGUGGGGCACUGAGGCCUAGAGCAGCGGUGGGCAGCCUCAGGCUGCGGGGGCCAAAGGCACCCUUCUAGGCCUCUCUGGCCCAGCCUUCCUUCACAUCCUCCUUGGGUGUUUUUGCCUAGCUAGAGCGGGUGCUUAAAUCAUGACUCUCAUUUGCCUGGAUGGUGGGUGGAGAGGGGUUUGUGUAGAAACUAGCUGGCAGAUAAAAUUUACAGUGGUACCUUGGGUUACAGACUCUUCAGGUUACAGACUCUGCUAACCCAGAAAUAGUACCUCGGGUUAAGAACUUUGCUUCAGGAUGAGAACAGAAAUCGCACAGUAGCGGUGCAGUGGUAGCGGGAGGCCCCAUGAGCUAAAGUGGUGUCUCAGGUUAAGAACAGUUUCAGGUUAAGAACAGACCUCUGGAACGAAUUAAGUACUUAACCCGAGGUACCGCUGUAUAUUCAUUGCCCCCCACUUUUUGCCUCUGGCCCUGCCCCCCACAGGCAUGUGGUUCCCCAAAAGAUUGCCCAGGGAGGGAGGAAGGCAUCUCUUGGAAAGCGUUUCCCCAGCCCUGAUUCAGUGAGGUGGGUGGAGUGUUUUCAUGUGCACUUUUGCAGGACAAGCAAAACAGUUUCCCUGCUGUUGGUUGCAAGUCAGGAAAACGCACAUGUCUACCAGCACCUGGAAACGAAGCACGAUAGAGAGAGAAAGAUUGUAUAUGACUGCAUGAUAAGCUGGCACUUUAGAAUCCCAUGAAUCAUAGAAUCAUAGAGUUGGAAGAGACCACAAGGGCCAUCGAGUCCAACCCCCUGCCAAGCAGGAAACACCAUCAGAGCACUCCUGACAUAUGGUUGUCAAGCCUCUGCUUAAAGACCUCCAAAGAAGGAGACUCCACCACACUCCUUGGCAGCAAAUUCCACUGUCAAACAGCUCUUACUGUCAGGAAGUUCUUCCUAAUGUUUAGGUGGAAUCUUCUUUCUUGUAGUUUGGAUCCAUUGCUCCGUGUCCGCUUCUCUGGAGCAGCAGAAAACAACCUUUCUCCCUCCUCUAUGUGACAUCCUUUUAUAUAGUUGAACAUGGCUAUCAUAUCACCCCUUAACCUCCUCUUCUCCAGGCUAAACAUGCCCAGCUCCCUUAGCCGUUCCUCAUAAGGCAUCGUUUCCAGGCCUUUGACCAUUUUGGUUGCCCUCCUCUGGACACGUUCCAGUUUGUCAGUGUCCUUCUUGAACUGUGGUGCCCAGAACUGGACACAGUACUCCAGGUGAGGUCUGAGCAGAGCAGAAUACAGUGGCACUAUUACUUCCCUUGAUCUAGAUGCUAUACGCCUAUUGAUGCAGCCCAGAAUUGCAUUGGCUUUUUAGCUGCCGCGUCACACUGUUGGCUCAUGUCAAGUUUGUGGUCAACCAAGACUCCUAGAUCCUUUUCACAUGUACUGCUCUCAAGCCAGGUGUCACCCAUCUUGUAUUUGUGCCUCUCAUUUUUUUGCCCAAGUGCAAUACUUUACAUUUCUCCCUGUUAAAAUUCAUCUUGUUUGUUUUGGCCCAGUUCUCUAAUCUGGCAAGGUCGUUUUGAAGUGUGAUCCUGUCCUCUGGGGUGUUAGCCACCCCUCCCAGUUUGGUGUCAUCUGCAAAUUUGAUCAGGAUGCCCUUGAGUCCAUCAUCCAAGUCGUUGAUAAAGAUGUUGAAUAAGACCAGGCCCAAGACAAAACCCUGUGGCACCCCACUAGUCACUCUUCUCCAGGAUGAAGAGGAACCAUUGAUGAGCACCCUUUGGGUUCGGUCAGUCAGCCAGUUACAAAUCCACUGAGUGGUAGCAUAGUCAAGACCGCAUUUUACCAGCUUCUUUACAAGAAUAUCAUGGGGCACCUUGUCAAAUGCCUUGCUGAAAUCAAGGUAGGCUACAUCCACUGUGUUCCCUUCAUCUACCAGGCUUGUAAUUCUGUCAAAAACGAGAUCAGGUUAGUCUGACAUGACUUAUUCUUCAGAAAUCCAUGCUGACUAUUGGUGAUCACAGCAUUCCUUUCUAGGUGCUCACAGACUGUUUGCUUAAUGAUCUGCUCCAGAAUCUUCCCUGGUAUUGAUGUCAGACUGACUGGGCAGUAAUUAUUUGGGUCCUCUCUUUUCCCCUUUUUGAAAAUAGGGACAACAUUUGCCCUCCUCCAGUCUGCCGGGACUUCGCCUGUUCUCCAGGAAUUCUCAAAGAUGACUGCCAGUGGUUCUGAGAUCACAUCUGCCAGUUCUUUUAAUACUCUUGGAUGCAGUUCCUCUGGCCCUGGAGACUUGAAUACAUCUAAACUAGCCAAGUAUUCUUGUACUAUCUCCUUAGUUAUUCUGGGCUGUGUUUCCUCUGCUGAAUCAUUUGCUCCAAAUUCUUCAGGUCGGGCGUUGUUUUCUUUAUCGGAGAAGACUGAGGCAAAGAAGGCAUUGAGGAGUUCAGCCCUUUCUGUGUCCCCUGUUUGCAUUUCACCUCUCACCUUCUUCUCCUCUGAGUGACCCCACUGUUUCUUUGUUCUUCCUUUUGCUACGAACAUACCCAUAAAAGCCUUUUUUGUUGCUUUUAACCUCUCUAGCAAGCCUGAGUUCAUUCUGUGCUUUAGCUUUUCUGACUUUGUGUCUACACGUGCUGGCUAUUUGUUUGAAUUCCUCUUUGGUGGUUUCCCCCCUUUUCCAUUUUUUGUACACAUCCUUUUUUAAUCUUAACUCAGUUUAAAGUUCUUUAGAUAGCCACCCUCGCUUCUUUAGGCAGUUGUGCUUUUACUAUCUCCCUCUUAACAAACUCCCAGCCAUCAUGAACUCCUUUUCCUUUUAGUAUUACUGUCCAUGGGAUCUCACCUAGCACUUCCCUAAGUUUUAUGAAGUCGGCUUUCUUAAAGUCAAGAAAUUGAGUCCUAGUAUGCUUGGCUGCUCCUUUCCGCUGUAUAGUAAACUUCAGAAGAGCAUGAUCACUCACGCCUAAUGAUCCUUCCACUUCUACCCCACUAAUCAGGUCAUCAACAUUGGUUAGGACCAGAUCUAAAAUGGCUGUUCCUCUUGUUGCUUCUCCCACUUUCUGGACAAUGAAGUUGUCUGCAAGGCCAGUGAGGAAUCUGUUUGACCUUAUGCUCUUGGCUGAGUUUGACAUCCUACAAAUAUCCAGGUAAUUGAAGUCCCCCAUUACUACUAUCUCCCUUCCUUUUGCAUGCUUGGCCAUCUGUUCCAGGAAGGCAUCAUCUAUGUCCUCCGUUUGGCUUGGGGAUCUAUAGUAAACUCCCACAAUGAGGUCACUGUUAUUCUUCUCUCCCUUAAUUUUGACCCAAAUGCUCUCACUUUGGCUUUGAGGUUCUAAAUCUUGGAUCUCUUCACAGGUAUACACAUCCCUGACAUAUAACGCCACUCCUCCUCCUUUCUUGUCUGGUCUGUUUCUCUGAAAUAGAUUGUAUCCCUCCAUUAUUACAUUCCAAUCAUGGGACUUAUCCCACCAGGUUUCAGUGAUGCCUAUUAUGUCAUAUUUAGUUUGCUGUACCAAGAGCUCAAGCUCAUCUUGUUUAUUUCCCAUGCUUUGCGCAUUAGUGUACAGACAUUGAAGUCCAUUAAUCAUUCCCCGGUGUCUCUUAUUUAAGGAUUUUUUCCUCCCACCACUAGGUCUGCGUGCUGUUUGCUCCAUUUGGUCUAUGACAUUUGGAUGAUCAUCUUCAUCAAUUGAUAGACUCCUACCUUCAGGAGCACUGUCUCCCUCCCCCACAUUAGUCAGUUUAAAGCCCUCCUGAUGAGGUUUCUGAGAUUUUUGGCAAAAACAUUCCUCCCAACCGUUGUGAGGUGCAGCCCAUCGCUUGCCAGAAGUCCAUCUUCAAGAAACUGCAGUCCGUGAUCUAAGAAUCCAAACCGUUCCUGUUUACACCAUUUGCGAAGCCAGCUGUUCACUUCCACUAUUUUCUCUCUCUCCCUGGGCCACGUCGUUCAACUGGGAGGACAGAUGAGAUGACAAUUUGUGCAUUUAAUUGCUUCAACUUCCUGCCCAGAGCCUCGUAGUCUCUUUUGAUCUUCUGGAGGCUAUUGCUUGCAGUGUCAUUGGUUCCCACAUGAACCAAAAGGAGGGGGUAUUUGUCAGUGGGUUUUAUGAUUCCUUGCAGUCGUUCAGUUACAUCUUGGAUCUUAGCCCCGGAGAGACAGCACACUUCCCGAGACAUCUUGUCAGACCCACAGAUCACUGCUUCUGUUCCCCUCAGUAGGGAAUCCCCUAUCACCACUACACGCCUCCUCUUAGGUUUGGUCGGGGUUCUUCCGUGAGCUGUCCGUUCCAAGGUCGCCUGCACAUUCCCUGAGGACUGACUUUGCUGCUCGUCUUCAUAUACCUGAUCGACUGUAAUGAGGAGAGAUCCUCAAAUGGAGUCUGCUCUUCGUCUUCCAUGCUAGGGAGAGGACCUCAAAGCGAUUGUGUAUUUCUAAACAAUCAGAGCGAACCCUGGGCCUCCUACUUCUUUGAGUCACGUUUCUCCAUAUAUCUGGCUCCUGUGUUGGUGAACUAGCCUCCUUCUCAGGGGAGUCCCCUGUCUCCUCCUUGGUGGAGACGGUGUGCUCUGUUGCUUCCAAGAAGAGCUCCAGCUCUCUAAUUCUUUGGAGCGUAGCUACACGUUCCUCCAGUUGCUGUUCACUCCCUCAAAAUCCUUAGGACAGGGUGGAUCUUGUUGGCCAUGGACUGUGCUGGCUGAGCUGAUGGCAGCUGGAGUCCGCACAACAUCUGGAGGGCCACAGUUUCCACAUCCGUGAAAAUGGGACUUCAGAGAAAAGACAUGGGAAAUAUGCUAUCUAUUUCUCUUUCAAAACCCUUAACCUGUGGAGCAAGGUACAGUCGUACUUGGAAAUCAAACAGAAUCUGUUCUGGAAGUUUGUUCGACUUCCUAAACGUUUGGGAAGCAAAGCACAGUGUCUGAUUGGCUGCAGGAUGUUCGGCUUCCAAAAAUAGUUCACAAACCGGAACACUCACUUCCGGGUGCCAAAAUGUUCAAGAACUAAGCUGUUUGAAAACCAAGGUACAGCUGUAUUUUACCCCUUCCAUGCCUCCCUAGGAUUCCCUCCCAUGGCACCAUGGCUUGAGCCAUUCGUCUCUUUCUCUCCUUCCCUGCUGCAGACCAACCGGAGCCUCCAAUUCCUGGAGAAGCUUUCCCACCCUCCUUUUCUCAUGGUUCUGGCUCCACCUGCUGCACACUCCCCCUGGACAGCAGCCCCCCACUACAAGUCAGCAUACAGCAGCAUCAAAGCGCCACGCAAUGGAAGCUUCAACGUCCACGGAAAGGUGAGUUCACAGGCCUGAUGUGGGCAGCGGGCUUGAAGGGCUCAUGGGCAGCUCCAUAGGCUUCUCUCUCUCUCUGCUCCUCUCAGGGCAAGAUGCUUCUCAGGUAGCCCUCUGGUGGCAGCUGGGAACAGGGAGGUCACUUCAACAGGAACACCAGGAUCUAAUGGUGGGCAUCUUGCCAGGCUCUUCUGCCUUGGAAGAUGCCUUCUUAAGUGGCAAGUUGCUGCCACUGCUGGAGUCAUAAUCAGUACACAGCAGAGGACAAGUGAGGAAGCAGGAGCUUUCAUUCCGUGGUCCCAGAGAACUGCAAGGACAAUAAUAAUCAAAGAAUUGUGGCACUUAUGUGUGUUUCUUACUGUAUUUUGUUUUUUAAAAAGUAAAUCAGAAUUUUAAAAUGGCAAGUGUUAAAUACAUGGGGGAGGGGGAAGAGCACAAGGGUGAUGGUGUCAUCAGGUGAGGGUCCGAGUCUUUUCUCCAAAUAUUUGCCAUCUGGAUUCUGUUGAUAAAGUCUCCAUAAUCUUCUUCCCUUUAUAGGACAAGCACUGGUUGAUAAGGCAAGCAAAGACUCCCAUGUCAAACACAUCCAUUGAGUUCCUGGACAACGUCUACAGGGAACGGUAAGAAAGGGUCCAGAACGCCACUCGUAGGAGCUGGGGGAAACCACUUUUCUGUAGAAGCUUGAAAGGAGUGAGGCCAUGGGGGGAAGACAUUUGUGGGGGCUUUUAUCCAAAGUCACUGGGAGACCCUGAUGGAGACAGACGUUUGAGAGGCAGUGAGACUCAGGUGUUGUGCAUCUUCCCUCAACCUGACAUCCUUCAGAUGCUUUGGACUACAACUCCCACCAGCCAUUGCUGGUGUAGAUGUGAUGUGAGAUGUGAUGUAUAGUGAAGCUGUGAAGUGAGAAGUACCUGGUCAAAGAGUAAUGGGCACAAUUCCACGUUGCCUAACUGUAGUACUGAGUCUUCAGGAAUGGGAAAUGUGUGGGCCUCUGGAUGUUGCUGGACUCCAUCUGGCAGGCAGGAGGCCCCUGAAGCACACCCCACAUCUCCAGGACCCAUUGAACUAGAGCCAAAGCCCUCCCAGGCCCCCUUCCCCUGGGUCUGAUCAACUGAGUGCCUCCCAAACCGGUGCAGGGAGUGCACUAAGCGGGAGGCAUGGAGCCCAGGAGAAGGGUCCUCCUUCAGACAGGGUUGGCCCUUUAAGACCUGCCCACUUGGACCUCCUUUCUGGGCAUCUUCAUGGAACCAGAACAGGACAGUCCCUUUCAGGACCCUGGCUGCAAGCUUUCCAGAUGCAUCUGCCUAGCUGCUGUUGGAAAGUGAACAUUGGACUAUGGACCCUGACCCAGCAGGACUCUUUGAAGAUUGCCUGUUUGUGCAGGGUCAACAGUAGAGGCACAGACUCUUCCCUCAUACACUGAGUGGCUUCCCUGCUGCUUCAAUAAUGCAGUUUAUUGCGAUAGCUUGAUCUGUUGCACCAAAAUGCAUUUGAACUACAACUCCCAUCUUCCUGUUUCUGACUGAGACUGAUGGAAGUCGUAGUCUACAACAUCUGGAGGGUACCACAUUGCUACCUCUGCAAUAUAUAGUAUGUUCUCAUAUUCUUGCAGGUGGCAGACUCUGUUGUCUGUGGAUGACAUGGUGGAGAAGAUUUUUGAAAAAUUGAAGACCCUUCACCUGUUGGACAGCACAUACGUGUUCUAUACUUCAGAUCAUGGUUACCACACAGGUGAGUUGAGGCCUGCUUUUGCCACAGAACCUUUGGGGGGGGACUUGUGGGGUGGUGGGGGAAUAGCUCCAAUGUCUCUUUCAGUGGCAAACUGGUGGAAUGUGUAGGGAUGAAUCAGGCCAACAGGAUGGGUGAUGUCCGUGGAGCUGCCCUUGAAGACAACUUGGGAACUUUCCUUGGUCCAAAAUGCAGUGGCCAGAUUGCUGACUGGAGUUGCUUUUAGAACUCAUGUAACCCCUGUUUCUAAAACAUUGGCUGGCGGUUUGUUUGUGGGCCAAAUUCAAGGUGCUCACAUUAAUGGUUAAAGCCCUAAACUUUGACUCCGGGUAUCUGAAAAGACAGCCUCCUUCCUUGAAGAACAUCUGGAAUACUAAGAUCAGCAGGGGGUGGCGCCCUCUUGGCCAUUCCACCACCCUCAGCAGCUGGGCGAGGGAGGCCUGGGAGAGAGCGUUCCCAGGCAGCCCUAAGGCUCUGUGCAUCCUCCUCCUCCUCCUCCUCACAGAGCUGGGCCUGGCAACUUAGCUACGGUCUUUGGAAAAUGCCGAAAGCGAACCUCUUUACCUUGCCCUCGGAGAAGGACCCACCCUAAUUUUGUGAUUGUCAGCUGUUUUAAGCUUCUUACAAUGUAUUUGAGAUUAUGUACCUCUCCCUAGGGUCUAAAAUAAUGAUGUUGUGAGCUGCUGCUUCAACCAGUCCCAGUCCAUGUGGCCAAGGGUCAGGAAUCAUGGGAGUUGUAGUCCAGCAGCAUCUGCUUUCCGCCUCUUGUGUAGGUCUCUAACCAGAACCCCUUUUGUGCUGGGGGUGGAAGCCAAGGGGCUGUUGUCCGUGAGAAAUGGCAAAAAACUAAGACUGAGGUCUAGUUUCUCACCACCGGCUAUGCACUUAACUCUCUGGCUGACAUCCAAUGAUUUAUUUUUUUAAAAAAGUAGUCAAUUCCCCACCCCCACCCUGUGGUUUACAUUAAAAAUUAUGCCACAUGAUCCUAGUGAGGUUAACUGCUUGCAUUCUAACAUUCAAGUACAUUGAUAUUCACACCUUUUUCUUCAUAUCUCUGUAAAUGUUUAGUGGCUUACUUAGAAAAUUAAACUGUAAAUGCAGGGAAGGGUGAUUUCAUGAGGGGGCCCUCAAAGGCCCUGAGGGGGCCAGAGCCCUGAUGGCAGCAAGAAUGGACCCUUGACCUCUGGGGCUGAAUGAGCAGUCAGAGGGGAGCGUGUUGCAUUCCCAAUGGGGGUUUGUGCCCCCCCCAAGUGCCCCCCCCACCUUCUGUUGUCCUCCAGUGAGAGCUCAAUAGCUAAGACUGGUCUUGGCCAGCCUGGUGCCCUCCUGAUGGCUGGGCUGAUGGGAGUUGCAGUCCAAAGCAGGUUGUCAAAAGCUGGUUAAAAGUGUUGGGCUAGGAAUGUGGAGAGCUGGGUUCAAAUCCUCACUUAGCCAGUGACCUUGGGACGGUCGUACUCUCUCAGCCUAACCUGCCUCACAGGAUGAAGCACUUGAGCUUCUUGAAGGAAAUCUGGGGUGCAAAUGUAAGAAAUAAAUAAAUAGGUCCUGCUUUUUCUGGGGGGGAACUCCAGUCAGGACUUGUUUUUGCCUCCCCAGGUCAGUUUUCACUGCCCAUUGACAAGAGGCAGCUCUAUGAGUUCGACAUCCGGGUGCCGCUGCUGGUGCGAGGUCCAGGCGUCAAGCCAAAUCAGACUCACCUGGUGGGUGUCUUUCUUUCUUUCCCCGACUCAAGUGUUUGAGCUGAAGGAGUCCUUACUCAAGUGCUGCUUUCCUUGCAGAAAACCCCAGGUUCUGCCCUGACCAUCUCCAGUUAAAAAGAUCUCAGGUUGUGAAGGGGAAAGAUUUCUGCCUGAAGCCUCUAGGGACCCUCAAUAUUAGGCUGUGGCAAAGCCAUAUCUUCAUAAGCUCACAGCAUCUGCCUUGUAUGCAAAUGUCUCAAGUUACCGUAUUUUUCGCCAUAUAGGACACACUUUUUCCCCUCCAAAAAUGAAGGGGAAAUGUGUGUGCGUCCUAUGGGGCAAAUGCAGGCUUUCGCUGAAGCCUGGAGAGUGAGGCGUUGGUGUGCACCGACCCCUCUCGCUCUCCAGGCUUCAGGAAGCUAUCCGCAAGUCUUGCAAGCCCGGCGGGAGGUCCCGCGGGCUCGCAAGGCUUGCGGGCAGGAGCCUGCAGCCCAAAAGCUCGGGGGGCAGCGGGGAGGCGCAGCGCCGCCACCCCAUUAUUCCCCGACCUGAUCUGGAGGCUGCGGGGGGGGGGAGAAGCAAGCUUGCUUCUCCCCCCGCCAGCCCCACAAACUCGGGGGACAGCGGGGCAAGCUGUCCCUGAAGGCAGAAGAGGGAGACGGAGUGCUCUGUCUCUCUCUUCUAGCUUGGGGAUGGCUGCGCAAACCUGGGGGGGGGGAAAUAAAAAAAUUUCCCUUGAUUUCCCCCCCAAAAAACUAGGUGCGUCCUAUGGGCCGGUGCGUCCUAUAGGGCGAAAAAUACGGUAGAUCCCUGGCUUCCCACAGUAGGGCUGGGAGAAGACCCCUCCUGAGGUCCGGGAAAGCUUCUGCCAGGCAGCGUACAAAGCAAUGCUGAACUGGGUGGGCCGAGGGCCUGAGUUGGUAGAAGGCAGCUUCCUGGGUGUCCCCUAAAUUUUCAGCCAGGCCUAUUUGCUGGAUGGUCAUUGCACUCAAAGCCUGAAUCUCUGUCCCUGUGGACAUUUUGUGGAGUUGGGAACUAUAGUCAGUUAACUCACUUCCAAACAUGUAGAAUUCUAACAUUUCCAGAAUAAAGCUGAGUUAGAAUCUUCCUUCCUGACAUACUACUUUUCUACUGUCAAGAGUUUGAUUUUUUAGCAUCUUUUUAUUUUUCAAAUUGUAACAACAAAAACAGCCUAUUAGAUAAAAUGAACCAUUCUGGUGAAUGCACAGGCAUGUAUCCCAUUUUACAAUAAAUGUCCAGCGUAUAAUUCCAAGUGGCUUUGUCACAUACUGUACAGUCAGGAGGUUUUGAUUCUUGUGUCGAUCUCUGUGUCUUCUUCUUUCAACUACUAUAUGUUUUGGGAAACUGUCUGCUGCUAUGCAUUUGGAAACCUCUUAACCAAAUUUUACAUGAUAGUUCCUGAAUCCAACGAUGUGGUUUUUGUCUGAAUAAAGUUGGGUGUCAUUUUGAAAUGAGAUGGUGGGCUGAACCUUCCAAAAGGGCACUUUUUAGUUUCUUGGCAUUCCUAGGCUACUACGAAGAAAUAAUUGCCUUGAACUGGAUAGCUGGAUGGCUUCUGUAACUCUGUCCCAUGUUGUCUUCCUCUCAGCAACCUGUCCUCAACAUCGAUCUGGGGCCCACCUUCCUAGAUAUCGCAGGUAUCGAUGCAUCUCAGACCUCCAUGGACGGACAGUCUUUCUUGCCCCUGUUGGUAAUAAUUUGCCCAGAACCUUCUAGAAUAAACAGGGGAAUUUUGUGUGUGUGUGUUGAAUAAAGGAGUUAUCUGGAGUCCUAUAGACAAGCAAAUUUUCAAACUUUACACAGUAUUCUUUCUGCCAAAGGAUCCUUUGCUCAGAACUCUUGUCAUGUAAGUCCUGAAGGAAACUGCUAUGGACAACGAUGCGGCUGGAAAUAACUCCACAUCUUCAGUUUCUGUGCAUCAUUGGAAGCAAAAGACUCUCAAGCUCCUUUUGCAUAUUGCUUGCCUUGAGAGUCUUGUUGUGUACAAGGAACUGCGGGACCCGUCCACCGGUCCUGCUCCUGAGACUUCCCUGGCCUCUUCCCUGACAGCUGCAUGUUGAGGGUGGAUAUCUGCAAUAUAUCCCAGCUGGGGCUGAUGAGAGUUGGAGUUCAAAAUCCCCAGAGGACCCCAGGUUGGCCUAGGUGAAGCCUGCACAUCUGCACAGAAGCAGCCCUGUUUUUUUAAUAGAAUAAAGCCAGAGGUUUUUGCUUGAAGGGGAUUCUGGGUUCUGAGGGGGAAGUGUGGGCUGUCAUACGCAUUUGGUGUCCAUGAGCAAUAGAUGCAGCGUAGGAAGUGCAUUUUGAAGCAUAUGGCAGAAACAACGAACUGUGCUGUAAGAAUUGUGGUAUGCAUGACAUUUUGGAAGUGGGACUAGAUUGCUGCUGGUGGGCCUCUGGCUGCCGCUCCCUUAGCUGGCUUGUGCCUUUGUCUGUCCUUCCUGCUGCUGCUGUGGGACUUCUGCAGACCCCUUGGAGCUCCCACGCAAACUCUAGAGCUGGAAUGGGGAGUGUCGGCCCUUCAGCUGUUGCUGGACCACAACCCCCAUCAACUCCCAUUGUCCCUUGACCCUGCUGUCUGGGGAUGAUGAGAGUGGGAGUCCCUACAACUGGAAGGUCACAGGUACCCUAUCCCUGCUCCAGAGCACACCUUCACCUUCAUCUGUGGCUGUAUUCUUGACAUGCAACGGUAGAGGGGACAGGCUGCCAUUUCAGGGCAUUUGCUCUGGAUGUCUAGACUGGGCCAGAAAACCCAGAGAGCCCUGUCAGGGAUGUGGUCUUGAGAGUUUUUAUUUUUAUUUGUCACAGCGGGUGAUGCUUUCUGAAAUGUGUUUCCUUGGCUCCAGGUGAACGAGACGCACAAGAGCAAGUGGCGGUCAGAUUUCCUGGUGGAAUACACUGGUGAAGGCCACACUCACCAAGACCCCCACUGCCCUGCCUUGGGGCCAGGCGUGUCGGUGAGUGCUUGCUCUGGAGGCACAGAGAUGCCUAGAGCACUCUGCAUUUCUUACAAAUGUCCGAAUCUUCUGCUACAAGGGAAACUGGAUCCUGCAGACUGCCUAGAAAUUAUACACAGGAUGCAAAGUGGCAUAAAUCUGCUGAUUGUGUCUGGAAGGGAGGAUUUCACCCCAAAAAUUUACUUGAUUUGACCAUGGGGUACUCAGUGUGGUUCCCCUUGGUGCCUCCCAAUGAUUACAGUUUUUUUAAAAACAAGGCGCUGCCCCCCUUCUUGCCCUGCUUUCCCAUUCUCCUUUCCUCCUGACCAAGCCCCCUCCCUUUACACCUCCUCCACAGCUUGCCCCACCUCCUUUUAAAGGAGCAGGAGAGCCUACUUCUAAGUAGACAUGUUUACACAGCACCUCUCCCCUUCCCCUCAUGCCACAUGCUCUACUUCCUCAUUCACCUGCCUGCUUGCAGCUGUCAUGCUGCAGGUGGCAGCGUGAUGACAGUCUUACUUUUUAUGUAUAUAGGAAGAAAUAAGGUUUUUUUUGUGGAGACAGAAAUUGUCUGGGGGGUUUUUUGGUUCUCGCUCUCUCUUUUAGUUAUUGCUUUCUCUUCUCCACCCCAGAUUUAGAGUGUUGGACUAGACCUGGGUUCAAAUCCCCGUCUGCCCUGGCACUCACCAGGUGACCUUAAACUAGCCACUCUCCCACAGGGUUGGUUUUAGAAGGGCAGGAUAAAAAAUGUAACAAAUGAGCUCUGCCUAGCUUUACUCUUCAAGAGAGGGAUGCCUUGUGCAGCAGAGGAACAGGUCCUGCUCUGCCACUCCCCCAGAGAUGGUGCUAAAGGGAUGUGCAGGCUUUGGACUCUGCUGUAGGAAGUUUUGCCCUCAGGCUUGCAGGGCUUGAAAUUUGCCUAUGCAAAGGGGAUUUGCUCACCUUAGUUUACAUAAAGUCUGCUUCAGCCUCAGUCCCCCUGCCCACAGCACUGAGGGAAGCCAACACUCUUCUCCUCAUUCCUGCAUGUGGAUCUUGCAGUCCACAUUCCCAGCUCCCACCUCAUCUCCCACUUAGAGUGUCCAGUUGCUUAGCACAGGUUGGAAUUACGCCUUUUGCCCCUCACAUUGGGGUUGUUCUCAGAUUAGACCCUUUGAAAUUAGUGGCCCUAAAUUAGGCAUGUCCAUUGAUUUCAGUGGGUUAGAAACAACCCCACGUGUCUGGAGCGGAAGUGUGUCCAAACCUGCUUUCUUUUUUUUUCUUUUUUUUACAUGUCCAAAAUAAAUUUUUAUUAAGUUUUGCACAAAUAUCGCCAAACAAACAAUUUCACAAAUAACAUAUUUUCAUCUUUUGGACUUCCCUCAGCUUCUCUGACAAUCAUCCGUAUUUAAAUUUUUAUCUACACAUUCCCAAAAUUUAGUAUUGCCUUUUAAAAUACUUUUUCAAACGUAUUUACAUUCUUGCAAUAUUCCUUAUAUUUUCACAAAGCUUCUUUAAAACCCACUAGUGUUGUUUGUUCAUCACAUACACUCUUCAAAUAAUCUGUAAAUUUUCCCCAGUCCUCAAUGAACUUGUGAUCUCGUUGAUAUCUUAUUUUUCCAGUUAGUUUGUCCAGUUCUGCAUAGUCCAUUAACUUCAUUCUCCAUUCCUCCAGAGUCCAAACCUGCUUUCAAAGGGUUGAAAGAGAGUGGGGGAAGGGCUGGAAGUUGUGUUCUUUGGAAACCACAAUGAUGCAGUACAGCAUGCUUCAGCCACCCUUGCCCUCUUCCAUCCCCUCCUCCUGUGGAACAGCCCUCACUAGGCCUGUUUUGAAAAGGGCAGGCUACCUUCUCAGGCCCCCUCCCCACAAAAAAAGUGGGCAAGGGGCAUAGCUCAGCGAUGGGGACUUCUGCUGUGUGGAUAAAAGGCCCCAAGUUUGAUCCCUGGCCUCUUGGGGAGCUGCUCCCAGUCCAUGUAGACAGUUCUGAAGCAGAUGGACCAGUGGUCUCCCUUGGUACCAGGAUGCUUCUGAUUCUGGGUAUAUCUGCCCCCUUGUCUCCCUCGUGUUCCUCAGGGGCCCCGUGGGCACUCGCCAGCUGAGUUUGUUGUUGGAGGGAAUGUUGCAGUCUUGGGUAGGUGUUAGAUUUGAAUAAAGCCUCUCUCCCCCUCUCUCCCUUUGGCAGCAAUGCUUCCCUGACUGUGUGUGCGAGGAUGCCUUCAACAACACCUAUGCCUGUGUGCGCACACUAAGCCCCAUCAACCUGCAGUACUGUGAGUUUGCGGAUGCCCAGGUGAGCACCGUCUGCCCCUCCUGUCCUGAGCGAGGCCCAGAGCGAGGGCCACACCCUUUCCCUGCUGAUGGUCAGCAGUGGCCUCCAAGGGAGGCUGCCACACAGCAACCUUUUUCAGAACUUCCCAGCCUCUUCAUGCAGACAUCAUUCACUGAGGAGCCAUAGCAGAGGAGUCUGGUGCAUAUUCUGGGGUGCACGUGUAGGUCACAGAAGGGUGUGCCCAGGACCAGCUAGCCCUCACUCUUGGCCUGGGUCAGGCUUAGGUUUAAAAUAUUCUGUUGAAUUGAAUUUGUUUCCAGCCUUUCAUCACAAGUUCCCAGGGUGGGGUGCAUACAUGCAGUAGAACAUAUGAAAUACAAUUAAAGCACUGCUUAAAACCAUAAUUGAAACUCAACAAUCAUUGCUGUGCAGAAGUGGCAAGGGGAACAAGCUGAUCUAAAAUAGCUCCCCAAAGCCUGGGAGAAGAGGUGUCUCCCCCCUAAGGGACGCAAAGAGUCCAACGCCGGUGCCAGAUGUACUUCUGAGGGGAGGGAGUUCUGUAACUGGAGAGUCACUUCUGAUAGCACCUGCCAUCACCACCGGCAGGGCCUCCCCUGCUGAUCAUAACAUUCAGGCUGGUCUGUACGGGACAAGGCACUUCUUCAGGUAUUUCAAACCCAGCUCAUUUAAGGCUUUCUACAUUAACAUAACCAGCUUAAAUUUGGAUCAGAAGCAAACUGGUAACCAGUGCAGGUCUUUUAGGACAGGAAUAGUAGGUGUCCUGCUGGCUGGAUGCUGAUCUAUUGCAGCAGUUGCAGCUUCUGAACUGUCUUCAAGGGCAGCCCCACAUAUAGUACAUUGUAGUAGUAGAAGUUGUUGAGGAUUUUGUCUUCUUUCCUUUAGCAAAUUGUGACUUCUGCCCCUCCCCUUGGGGGGAACUCUCUUUCUCCCUGUCUUUUCUCUUGCAGAAUUUUGUAGAAGUCUAUAACCUGACUUCAGACCCACACCAGCUCUUCAACGUGGUGAAAACUGUGGACCCUUCACAGCUGGAGCAGAUGAAUCAGAGGCUGAUCAAGCUGCAGGCCUGCUCUGGGGUCACCUGCCGCUCCUGAGGGAGCUCUUGCUAUGGGUCUGUGCCGAGGGGAACAUGGAGCCCACUCUGGGUCUCUCCUUUCUUGCUCUCUCCCUCCCCAUUUACUGGCCUCCCCUCUUUUCUCUGCUCUUAAGCCAAAGUUGAUGCUGAUUUUUCCCUUUCUGGAUCCUUUCUUGGAGGGUGUGGUUGGCAGAAGAGAGGGAGAGAGGGAUGGGGAGUAAAAGUGCCUGUGCCAGAUUUCCCCAUCAAAAUGCUCCAAUAUCCCAUCCUGCCUCUUGCUGCUCACCUACACCUUGCCUUUGCCACCAGACUUGGCAACUGGCAGGUCAGAUUUCACCACCGGGGAGGGGGGCAGGGCUGAUACCUAGACUGUCAGUUGCUGACCAGCACCCCCACUCUCAGGGGUUCCCCAUGGCCAGCUGGUGAAAGAUUGCUUCCCCUCCUCUCCCCUGCCUUGUUGGGGGUGUAUGGGAUCCUGCCUCUAAUCACGAAUCAGUAUUGCAGAUUCUGCCCUGCAGCUGGAGGUGCUGCCUGUCAUUUUGUGACUGUCAUGUGCCUUGUAACUCCUCCGCUUUGAGAAGUUCUGAUUCUGAUCAACUCCUGCAGCAGCUCGGGCAGUUGCUGUGUUGUCUCGCCUGUGCCUCUCUGCCUUAAGUGCUGUGAAAAGAAAUAGAAUGGAAUAAAGGACUUGUUUGUUAGAAAAACUGAUCUGGACUUUGCAUGGACUGUGAUGGCUGUUGCUCUAUAUGUGGAGAGACAGGAGCCGGACCUCAAGAGCCUCACAAAGACCUGCUUUCCUACAGUAAAUGUCAUUUCCCGCGGUUGUGCUGGUUUAAAAAAUCCACGGUGUCAGCUGCGAGUACUGACUGACUUCUGAGAAGAGAGUCAUGUACCCAACAGUGUUUGGGGAACCUGUAACAUUCAUUCUGGGCUGGAACCCCAUCCCCUUCCGUAAGGGGAGGUAUCCGUGCCAUUGUUGCAUCAUCAGCUUUUACACCAAUCCCAAACCACAUCUCAGCCCUAUUUGCAUGUUUCAUAACCAACAUACCUGGCACUAAGGGAAGGAGGCAGAAUUUGGGGCAGGAGGGAUGUUCUCUCCAAGGGUUGGGGAAUUUUGCUCACUCUUUUUUUUUUUUAAAUGAUAUUUAUUGAAAAUUUUUAAAAUUACAGAAAAAGACAAAGCAGAGAAAGAAAAAAGAAAAAACGGAAAAGAGGAAAAAAAAACCACAUCCAACAAUACAAAUUCAAAAAACAAAAAUACACCACAAACAGAUAAAAAUAAAACCAACAUUCUCAAAUCUUCAACUUUCAUUACCUUCUUUCUUUGACCUCCUCCUCCCUUUUUUUGUAUCCCAGUUAAUAAUUAUCGCAGCAAAUCCUUUCCAUAUUUCAUAAUAUUCUGUCAUUACAUUACCUUAAUCUAUUUUCAUCUUAUCUUAUAAAAAACCUUAAAACUUAAAACUUAAAUCUUAUUUUUACCCACUUCUCAUAACCAUAAUAUUCUUGCCUAAUUCUUUAAACAUUUUUGCUAGAGCCAAGUAGUUUCGUUCCAACAUUUUUCUAACAGUCAUCAAUUUUAUAAAACAAUCCUAGUGAU